AUUACCUGUUCUAUUUGGACCAGAAUAUGAAUGUUAAGGUUGAAGACCUUGCAAAUAGCUCGCGAUUGUGCAAGAUCAUAUCUGAACUCAAACCUAUCCGGGAUGUCGAUUGGUCAAAGUCGGGAGAGGUUUCCCUCACCAUUUCCUACACUGGAAAGGCUAUUGCUGCCCAUGGUUGGUCCGAGUCCCCCCCCCUUCAAUACCUGCAAGCAAAAAGGCGCAAGAGACCUGUGGAAUAUGAUAGCACAUACUAUCAGUCUCCACUUGACCAAACCAACAUGAAAGGAAAAAGCAAAUUUGGGGAGAAGUGGCAGGCACUUGAGUCGAUCCACUCCGUCUAUGAGCGCGUGGUGCAGGACAUGGAUCGGCUUUUCAAAGAUCUAUACAAGGCUAAUAAGCUGGAGUCUGGUGAAGAUACAGAUGAAGAAGAUAUGAAGGAAAUUGCUGUUGAGGCUGCUGGGGCUGAUGUGAAAGUUGAGGAAAUCGAAAAGAAUGAUGUCAAAAUUUCCGAGUCUGAUUUGAAAGAGGAGGAAGAGGAAGGGCAACCUACAGCAUCCAAGAAGUCCCGUGCAGACAGGGGAAAAGGAAAAAAAAAAACCGUUGACGUUGAGAAGAAGUGA